CUCAUCGAAGUCGCGAUAGUUCCAGCCGGCAACUCCAAACAAGUUGCGCUCCGUUGCCUCGAAGGGUGGACGAACUAUCGACCGUAAUGAUGCGUCCAUCAUUGAUAUCUCUGCGCCGCCCCGCCCGGCAAAUCCUCUUUUCCUCUGUCUCCACGAUCCGAGCCGCGGCACCUGUCCCGACUGUUGCCACCCAUCGUUCCCUAAGCACCAGCACCAGCACCAGCACCAGCACCAGCACCAGCACCAGCACCAGCACCAGCACCAGCACCAGCACCAGCACCAGCACCAGCACCGGCCCCGGCUCCGGCUGUAUAUGUGCAAACGGCAGCAGACGCCCUCAAGUACAACAGACCCAAAAACUCCAGCAGCAGCAACGGCAACACCGCAACGCCUACCACUCCUACGACCACCCAUCCUCUUCCGCCGCCUUCACGCCCGUCGAGGAAUCCAUUCUCAGCGCCGCUUACCAGCACGUCCCUAGUCACGGCUUCACACCUUCUGCGCUCGCCGCCGGCGCCCGCGAUGCCGGAUACCUGGACAUCAGCCCGACAAUCCUGCCCGAGGGCGCUUUCGCUCUGAUCCGGUAUCACCUGGUCAAGCAGCGGGAGGAGCUCGCGGCUCGGGUAAGCGAACUCUUUGGGGGCGAGGGACACGUGGGAGCUAGACCGGGGCUGUCGGAGUGGGAGAUCCGGGGGCGCGUGGAGGCGGUUACGUGGGAGCGCUUGUCGGCGAAUGCGCAGGUUAUUGGGCGGUGGCAGGAGGCCCUAGCAAUCAUGGCACAACCAUCUUACGUCCCUCUUUCGCUCAAGGAGCUCGCCCUGCUCUCGGAUGAGAUUCUUUUCCUCGCCGGCGACUCCUCCGUCGACCCGUCGUGGUAUACCAAGCGCGCUUCGCUCUCCACCAUUUACGCCGCUGCCGAAUUGUUCAUGACCAACGAUCACUCCCCUGAAUUCAUGGAUACCCGGGCUUUCUUGAACCGCAGGCUCAGGGAAGUGAGUGAGGUUGGUGGUGUAUUCAGAAACUUGCGGGAGUGGGUUGGGUUUACUGCCACGGCGGGUGUCAAUGUUCUGCGCAGCAAGGGUGUCAAGAUAUAGAAUGCUUAGAUCUAAAGUCCAUAGCGAGGGCGCGCGGCGUACGCAUAUCAGUGAGCUUCAGCGAUGAUUGCCUCCAAAGGACCAAUGGGACUUACCCUCCAUAAACUAUACAAAGAGACGACAAAUGGACGGAUGCAGGAGAAGGAAAAGGUUACACCCCGGGUAGAAUAUUUCAUUGUAAGGUGACGUCCCAUGCAGAGAUUGUACAACAUUUGUACACUCCAGGUGCGCAGGGUUAAGCAUCUGCUUUAAUGCGCCCCCCAACAUGUCUGCCACAGACAAAAAGAAAAUGGGUACGCUAUGAAAACACAAAUUGCAAACGCGCGGUGACAUUCCAUCCAGUCCAUACAAAACGCCAACACCUCUC